CGGCCGCCACUUCCCACCGGUCUCGGAGCCUCGAGUCGACGACGAUGGCGAACCCAGUGAAGCUUCUGCUGUUGGCCCUCGUACUGCUGACGGCGCUUACAGAUGGCGCCGUGCUAAAAAAGAAGAACGAGCGGGCUUCGAACUGCAAUUCGGGGUAUCACGAGUGUAUCAAUGGAAACUGUAUUCCGAACAUGUGGGUUUGUGAUGGUUAUGCGGACUGCUCUCAGGGCGAGGACGAGAUUAACUGUGGUUCGCUUACAACAUGGGGGCCCACAGAGAGCAGCAGCACAACUUGUACUGGCUUCGUCUGCAACAACGGCGACUGCAUUUCCGAAAGCCAAGUGUGCAACGGCUAUGUGAACUGCCCUUGGGGAGAGGACGAGAACCUGUGCGAUUUUUCCUCGACAAGAUGUGAAUUCUCAUGUUGGAACGGCCAAUGUAUCCCCGGCUCCUGGGUAUGUGAUGGGUAUGACGACUGCCCAGAAGGCGAGGACGAAUACUGCGCAAGCAGCAACUCACCCGCCUCCCCGAGUACCGACUACACCGACUACCCCUUGACUACCCCCUACCCCCCGGCCGAGUGCCACACCCCCUUCGACGCGGUGGGCGGCAAGUGCAUCCUGGUGGACAUCUUCGAGUCAGUGACGUGGGCGGAGGCCAGGUACCUGUGCGAGAAGUUCGGGGCCGACCUGGUCACACUCGAAUCGAUGAAUUUCUACACGGAGCUGCUGGACUUCUUGAACGAGAAAGGUCUGGCUGAACAUGACUACUGGGUGGGCGCCAACGACACCGAGACGGAAGGAGAGUGGGCGUGGCUGAAUGGAACGCCCGUGAGAAUGGGCACGCCUCUGUGGGCGCUGUACCGUUCCAGUAGCAAUGACUAUGAGCAGGAACCGACCUCGAGCGGCAGCGACAGCGGCGACUGCGCCUUCAUGGACAAGUCCCGCUUCCUGUACCUGGACGACGGCGAAUGUGGGAGCGCGAAGGCCGCCAUCUGCCAGCAGUCGGAAAAUCUAAGCCAUUACCUAAGAAGAAACCUAGACGCCGUCACUGAUACCCCUUCGCUGAGAAACCCUGCGUCAGCCCACGGCGACCCUAAGGACUCGUAAAAGUGAUAUCAGAAUGACAUCAUGCUUAAUCUUCACAGAAAGCCCCUUAGCUAUAGAAUCCUUUGGCUUGAUUUGACUUAUUGUUGUUAUGGUUAAUGGAAUGUGACUCAUUCAAUUGUAUGCGAAUCCUUCACCCCCGGCGCUGUUAGAGGACUGGGGAACGCAAAACAACAAGCUCUGUUAACCAAUAAAUGAUGCAUCAAAAACAGAAAGAAAAAAAAA